GAAACCAGCCAAACCGAUUAGCACAAGCCACUCUCUCUCCUCUCCUCACCUCUCUCUCUCUCUCUCUCUCAUCCAGGUAAACGCGGAGCUAGAGCUAGAGACAGGCGCGGCGAAGCGACCACCGAUCGGUGCCGCGGCGCGGGAGGCGGAGGGAUCCGGGAGGCAGGGAUGGUGGGCCUGGUCGGCGGCGGCGCGCGGGUGGGGAGGCUCGGAGGCGAGCUUGUGGCCAACGGCGCCGGCGCGGGAGGGGAGGCGGAGCACGUGCGGCGGCUGCACAGCCACGCACCCGCCGAGCACCAGUGCAGCUCCACCCUCGUCAAGCACGUUAAGGCACCCAUCCACCUCGUCUGGGAGCUAGUGAGGAGCUUCGACCAGCCGCAGCGUUACAAGCCGUUCGUCAGCCGCUGCGUGGUGCGCGGCGGGGAGCUCAUGAUCGGCAGCCUGCGCGACGUCAACGUCAUGACCGGCCUGCCGGCGACCACCAGCACUGAGCGCCUUGAGCGGCUCGACGACGACGAGCACCUACUCAGCGUCAGGUUCGUCGACGGCGACCACCGCCUCCAGAACUACUCAUCCAUCAUAACUGUACACCCGGAGAGCAUCGAUGGGCGGCCGGGGACGCUUGUGAUCGAAUCCUUCGUGGUCGAUGUCCCGGACGGAAACACAAAGGACGAGACCUGCUACUUCGUCGAGGCUGUGAUCAAGUGCAACCUUACAUCUCUCGCAGAGGUAUCGGAGCAGCUAGCGGUUCAGUCACCUACAUAUCCGCUCGACUGAUAGUGUCCUAUCACCGGUACAGACAUGCGAAUCGGCAUAAACAAGAGAAGCUUCGAAGGCUACCUGGACAGUUCAAUCUUUUUGAGACUGGUAGUUUCUCCAUCGUCUUUCGCAUAUACAUCUCCUGGAACGAUUAGUAGUAUGUAGGAUUAAGUAUCUGUAGUAGCUAGCUAGUGAUGGUUUAGCCUCUAGGAACUGCACCUAGUUACCUCAUGUUUAAUUAUAUAUACAUAUAUGCGUACUGCUAGUAUGUGUAGAGAAUAGCUUGGGCCGGUUUUUUGCCGGCCGUUUUUUCGCCUAUUUUGGUGCAUGGGAGUUCUUUUCUGCA